UCACUGUAACCACACCCCUAACUCUUGCUGUAAAUCAAGAACAAAAUGACUCAUGUACUUGCUAAUAGCUUAAUUAAAUACACUUUUAUUAUCCCUAACAUGGCUAUCUAGUGACUCCACUAACUCAACACCAGUGUGCAGCUAAAAUAUGUUUCCUUUUCUCAAAGAGACUGGAUCCUCUACCAGUGUGGUGGCCAGAAAGCUUCAGACCCUCUCUAGCCCCGACUUUCAGUCUAAAGCCCUCAAGGCGGUGAGCACCAUCCUUACAAGGAAAGUCAGCAGCUCUUCUGACAUGGCUCCUUCCUCUAGGCCUUCUAGUGCUGCUCCUAGCCUUACUGAAGCACCCCUGAAUACCAGCUCUACAGCCCUGACAUCUGUAACCUCCACUGCCACAGUGAUUGUUAAGGCAUUUGUGGGAGGCAUGGAGACGAUAGCAUCAUUUGAAGGCACAUGUGAAGCAGUUGAUUGGCCAGUUCCUGUAAAUGACCACAAAACAGGGUCUUCACAGAAGAUAACCUUCUCUCCAGCCCGCACACUCUACGGCCUUAUACGAGCAAAGCUGAGGGACCUUUUAACUCUAUCCGCUCGAGAAGAAGGUGUGGCUAAGGACGCUUCUCUUCAGGAGUAUUCAGACACCCUGGAAAAGGCAACUGUUUCAACUGUUGAGGUCCAGUUACCCAGCACCAAACUUAGUAGAGUUCCCAGUGAGAGCCAACCAAUACCAGCUCUCUGUCUCUCCAAUCUGGAUACCAGUACUCAAGAAGUUCUUAGCAGUGUUUUUUCCAUCUACAAGUCAGAGUUCUCAAAAGUGGAGAGUAAAUCCUUGGACGUUGUCAGUUCAUCUGAUGACUCCCUAGAGGCUUGUUGGUUUGUUGAUGGUGUCCUAUCAGAGCUUGAUGACUAUACUAUUUCCCAGUCACCCAAUGAAGACUUGAGUGUGAGUACUCAAUGUUCUCAACUGAGCUCCGAAGAGAGUGUCAGAAUCACACAGUCCUCUACUAGUCUGAUUCAGAGCAUUAAGAAGCUCUCUAGCAAUUACUUUCAGACUCAGGCAGAAGAGGCAGUGAGUAAAGUGCUGAUGAGAUCCAGUCAUUCCUUUAUCACACAGAUCAGCCAUACUGGUCUUCAGAAAAGUCCGCAGGCUGGCUUAUCAUCUAGCUCGCCAUCAGAUAUUGCCUCCAUGUCCUCUCAAAAUACAGCCUCUGGAUUAGUGGAAACCUUUGUCAAAGGAAUGGCGACUAUUUUCCAGAAAAAUGAGUCCACUGGCACUGUGCUACUGGAAAGAAGUGGGAAAGUUUCGCAGUGCUCCCACGGGGGCUCCCAACUGGAUGAUAGUGUUAAAAUAUCAGAGGAGAAGCUUUGGUCAACAGCUAAGACCAUCUGCGUCAGUAUGAAGAACACACUUAAGGAUUUCUUCACAGGGCUGAAGCCAUCCGGAUCCAAAAGGACAGAAAAUGCUUCUUCCAAAGAGACCCUUGGGGAAAUCCUGGUUGCUAUCCAGAGUGAAAUCUCAAACUUAGGGCGAAUGAAGGAUUCCAGGGAGCUCCUUCAGAUCAACGAUAUGGUAGGAACUAUGCUGAAGGAGGUUGAGAAAAGUGAGGAUGACAGUGAAGAAGUCUGCCAAGACAUCCCUAGAACCUGUUCAUCUUUGUCCACUUCUUUAAAGGGUCGUAGUUCCUUGUCCAGCUCUUCAAAGGGUCCUAGGUCAGAGUGUGAGUUAGAGAUCAACCUCCCUGGCACUCCCAUCCCUGAUGAAGUGCCUUUUGAUCUGACCUGCCCCAUAGUCAGGAGUUCCUGCAUCGACAUCAGGGACUCUAAAAUGCCAGAGAUUUCUACAGGUGACCUAAAGACAAAGAUGAUGGCGCACACAGAUGAACCCCUGCAUCUUAACAGUCCAAUGACUGACAGCAGCCGACCACCGAGUGCUAAAGCCUCUUUUCGUUCAUCCACUCCGUCUUUCACCAGCAAGGGAACCUCUUUGGUACCAAAGGGAGAUGGGAUUGACAUUGAAGAGAAGGAGGUGUGCAUCCCCAGCAGCUCUGGCCAUCUGAGGGAGCUCUUAAUCACCCCGGACAUCAGCAGUGCCACUGCAUUCCUACUGCACUACUUGAUGGACUCCAGCAAAGAUGAUGUCAUGUGUUUGGUCACCAUACUGGUGAUACGGUUGCUAUCGAAGAUCAGACCCUCAGCCCUAGAUGGACCCUCCCAACAGGCAGCAGACAUGACAGAAACAUCUCAGCAACUCAUCAGACAAGUCCUGUCUGAGUUCUGUGCUGCAUCCAGAUUCUCCAGGACACAGGCAUAUUCCCAGAAGCUGCACAUCCACAGGGUGUUCAGAGGUGUACAUAAAACCCUCAUGGAGGAGUUUGGCUCUUAUAACACCCUGCAAGCAGCUAUUUCCUCCCAGGACACUGCAUUUGACAGAGUCCUGGUAAAGUCCUUGACCCAGCAGCUGGUACAGGGAUGCAAGGAGGCGUCAAGACCAGCUUCUGCUGCAACAAACCCAUCAGACCAGGCUGAGACAGAGAGGGGGGCUGAGCAGAAAGCAAGAAGGAGCUUCCUUUGCUUUUCAAUGACCAAACUCAGGAUCAACUUCAAGCGUUCCAAGAGAGGAAACAAAAAGGACUGCCAUUCAGUCCAGGAACAGACUGAGAUUCCCUCUACUGAUGGACAUUGCAUAGCUCCAGUUGGAGAGGUUUCUCCCUCCAUAUCUCAGCCUAUCAAAAAACGAUCCUUGAUUGUCAGGGUCUUUUCAGCAAUGAUGAAGCCAUUCAGGUGCUUCACCCAGAAGAACCUGUAACCUGUUACGCUGCAUGAACAACUACUUUUGGAACAGCAAGACUUUUGACAAGAGGAAUUUCUGCAUGUUUACCCUUUCAAAGUCUAUUUGAUCAAAUAAAUGCAAAUUAUUUUACAAGAGA